AAAAAUAUCCCAACAUGCAACAACAAAAUCAAGUUCCAACUUUCAAGCUUUUACUCGUCGGUGAUGGUGGUACUGGUAAAACCACUUUUGUCAAGAGACACUUGACUGGUGAAUUCGAAAAGAAGUAUAUUGCCACUGUCGGUGUUGAAGUUCACCCUUUGACUUUCUUCACUACUAGAGGUCCUAUUUGCUUCAACGUUUGGGAUACUGCUGGCCAAGAAAAGUUCGGUGGUUUGAGAGAUGGUUAUUAUAUUCAAGGACAAUGUGCCAUCAUCAUGUUCGACGUUACUUCUCGUGCUACUUAUAAGAACGUUCCAACAUGGCACAGAGAUAUUGUCAGAGUAUGUGAAAACAUUCCAAUCGUUUUAUGUGGUAACAAGGUCGAUGUUGCUGACAGAAAGGUUAAGCCAAAAUCUAUCAACUUCCACAGAAAGAAGAAUCUCCAAUACUAUGAUGUUUCUGCUAAGAGUAACUACAACUUUGAAAAGCCAUUCUUGUGGUUGGCUAGAAAGAUUGUUGGUGAUCCAAAUUUGGGUCUCUCUGAAGCUCCAGCUAUGGCACCUGCUGAAGUUGCUAUUGACAUGAACGUCAUGAAGCAAUACGAAGAAGAAUUGCAAAAGCUUGCUGAAUCUACUGCCAUCCCAGAAGAUGACGAAUUCUAAACUAUCUAACAUUUUCUCACCAAAUAUUUCCCUUUCCAAUCCGAUCUUUUCCGAUAUUAUUGCACAAUAAUUGUAAUAAAAUCAUCCAGUAAAUAUUAAAA